AUGGAUUUUACGGAACUAUACAAACACUCGGGAUCUUUGGUUUCGUUUAGCCCCGGCGCGCAUUUUGUGUUGAAUGCUGUUCACGAUAGAGUUAUCAUUCGAAAGACAGACUCUUUUCAGAUCUCAAGAACCUGGGUUAUCGAUCCAACUCCUUCUGAAUCCGCUACAUUGCUGAACAAACAAGCUUCAAAAGCCGUCCGAUCUUCGACAGAUUCCAGAAAUAAUUCCAUUUCUCACGCUGCUUGGUCUUCAGAUUCUGAGUAUGUACUCGCUGCAAGUGUCAAGGGUGGUUUCGUGCAAGUCUUUAAGCUUAGAGAUGAAGGAUGGACUGCCCGCAUAGAUUGCGGAGUUGAGGGACUUGUGAAGGCAGUUUGGGCUCCUGAUGCCAGGACUAUUCUAUGCUUCUCUGACUGGGGCUUGAGAGUUACAAUGUGGUCUUUAGUGACCGGGACAGCUUCCUACAUUCAGUUCCCUAUCUUUCUUGAUAAAGGUUUUGAUUUCCAUGCCGAUGGUCGUUAUUUCGUCUUGGCAGAGCGACACAAGUCCAAAGAUAUGUUGGGACUAUACGAUGCUUCGGAAUCAUACAAACUUGUCCGACGUUUCCCAUCACAAACGUCCUCUUUGGCAUCUCUCGCUUUGUCUCCGACUGGAAAUCAUAUUGCUGUCUGGGAAGGACCAUUGGAGUACAAGCUUCACAUAAUGACACUAGCAGGCAACCUUCUGGCGAGCUUUUCUCCCGACCCAGAACCUGUGUUAGGUAUUCGUGAAGUUGCCUGGCAUCCAAGUGGCAUGUUUUUGGCAGUAGCAGGAUGGGACGAUAAAGUUCAUAUCAUAGAUAGUCUCAGCUGGUCUCCAGUCACUACUUUCGAGCUUUCAAGCCGAAUUUCCUCAGAAGUGGCUAUCUGGCGGGAACCUUCAAAGUGGUUGGAAGCGACUGAGGGCAGAGGCUUUCUAUCGUACGAGAAGCUCCGAGGCCCGCAAACUAUAACCCUGAACAAAAUAGAUCACACCAAGGCGAAUCCAAAAAGUGGUGCUAUCCAAUUAGAAUGGAAUCAGACUGGGAGUCUCCUUCUGGUUCGAUAUGAAACCACUCCGACUGCUGCUCACCUAUAUCUCUUUCCUUCUCCCAAUGAAGCAUUUGUGCCACGACUUCGAUCUGUCCUUUUGCACUCUAAAACAAUACUACAAGCACAUUGGAACCCCGUUCGCAAAGGCUCAUUAGCAUUAUGCUGCGGCAACAGAAGUAUCUACACUUGGAGUGAUGAGUGGGAAGGUGAGUCAGGGGAACAAGAAGAAAUGGCGGAGUGUAUUGGGGUUCCCGCAAAGGAAUUCGAUACUCGCAACAUGUCUUGGUCUAGAGAUGGGAAAGGGUUAAUACUUUUGGAUAAGGAAACUUUCUGUUGUGCAUUUGAAGUAGAAGAAGUUACAACGUUAACCUGA